AUGGAGAAGAUCAUCUUCUACGAGGACAGAAACUUCCAGGGUCGAUUCCAUGAGUGCGACAGUGACUCCAGCGACCUGCACACGUACCUCAGCCGCUGCAACUCCAUCCGGGUGGAGGGAGGAUUCUGGGUAAUCUACGAGAGACCAAACUACAUGGGCUACCAGUAUGUGCUGAACCCAGGAGAGUACCCAGACUACCAGCGCUGGCUGGGCAUCAACGACACCAUCAGAUCCUGUCGCAUUAUUCGGAACGUGGGGAAUGUGUGGAGGAUGAAGGUUUGGGAGAGGCCAAACUUCGAGGGCCAGUCGAUGGAGGUGGCGGACAACAUGCCCGCCUUCCACGAGCGCUGGCACAGCCGCGAAGUCCACUCCUGCAAGGUUUUCGACGGUGCCUGGGUCUUCUACGAGCAACCCAAUUACAGGGGGCGCCAGUACCUGCUGGAGAGGGGCAUGUACAGACGGUCCACGGAGUGGGGGGGCAUGCAGCCAACUGUUGGAUCCAUCCGCCGGGUUAAGGAACACUAG